AAACAACCCCCCUCAAAAAAAAAAACUGCCUGGGAACUCAGAAGCAAAUUACCUAGAUACUAGACUGUACUAGGUACAGUCUAAGCCAAUUGUAUAUAGGACUGCAUCCUUCACUUUCUAAUGAAUCCAAGUUUCCAUUUAAAAAAAUACCCUUUUUGUUUUCAGUUGGCUCAUGCUUCUGCUGUAGCAGUUGCAGCCCAGAAUAUAGAAAGGGAAUGAAUGCCUGAGCAUCUUUAAUUGCUGUCACAAUAACCUCUUAAACCUUACAAGAAAGCUAACAAGGCCAAGUCACUUUUGAAUUCCCAAGGCAAUAGUGGUAGAUAGAUUAGUCAAUUAGCCUGAGAACAAUCUUCGGUUGUGUGGAAAGGUUAAAACUAUUAAGAGAUGCCGCAAAGGUGCUGAGGAUGUUUCUAUCACAUAUGUGUUCCCUUUUGUCCUACUAUUAUAGAAUAUGAUAAUUGUGUAUAAUUAGAAAUGACGGUUCUCCUCAACUCCCAAAUCAAGAUUGCCUCGGUUGUUUUGUUGUCCACUACAGCAUACUUGUCACCCGGUCGCUCAGACUUCAUGUGAACAAAUGGCAAAUGCUGAAGUAAGCAUUCCUGUAGGAGAUGUGGUUGUUGUGCCAACCGAAGGAACGGAGGGGGGAAACCCAGAAGAUACCAAAACCCAGGUUAUAUUACAACUACAGCCCGUUCAACAAGGAAUUUAUCAAGAGAGCACUGAAACGAAUGCGGCCGUGAUGGCUGUAGAAACACAUACCAUACACAAACUUGAAGAUGGCAUCGGUGAGUUCUCAAGUGAUAGCGAUACAUUGUUCAACGAUCAGCUUAUCAGCCCCAAGCACUUUGUUCACCUGGCUGGCAAGUCCACGCUGAAGGACUGGAAGCGAGCCAUCCGCCUAGGAGGAAUCAUGCUGAGGAAGAUGAUGGACUCUGGGCAAAUUGAUUUCUAUCAGCAUGACAAAGUGUGCACCAACACCUGCCGAAGCACCAAGUUUGAUCUCCUGUUCAGCAGUGCCAGGGCCCCAGUACCAGGACAAACAAGCCUGGUACAGACUCCCACUUCUGCUGAUGGAAGCAUCACCCAAAUUGCAGUGUCUGAGGAAAGUGUAGAAGAAGGGAUUGAAUGGAAUUCUGCUAUGACAGCAGCAGUCACUAUGGCAACCGAUGAGGGAAUCAAGAAAGACCCAGAGGAGAUAUCAGAGGAGAUGCUGAUGUUUUGGAAAGGCAUUGCUGAUGUGGGCUUGAUGGAAGAAGUGGUCUGUAAUAUUCAGAAGGAGAUAGAGGAGGUGCUAAGAGGGGUACAGCAAAGGCUUGCCCAAUCCCCUUUCCAGAUUACCGAUGCUGCUGUUCUAAAUAAUGUCGCUCACACUUUUGGUCUGAUGGACACAGUGAAGAGGGUGCUGGAUAACAGGAAGAGUCAAACAGACCAGGGAGAGGAGCAAUUUCUUAACACUUUGGCAGCACUAGAUCGCCAGCUAGAAGACCAGAAGAAGAUUGCCAGGGACCCAUCCAUUCAGAAUGUGAUCCUGAUGCCCGUCAACACUCCAAAGCCUCCCAAAAGGCCCCGGUUAAAACGUCCAGCUUCAGCCACAGUUCUAAGCCCCUCGGCUCCCAUCCAGCAACCUCAAUUCACCGUCAUCUCGCCCAUCACCCUCGCACCCAUGGGACAGCAGUUUUCCGUUAGCAACAUUCCAAUGGCCACGAUCAGCCAGGGCUCCAGCCCGGUAACUGUCCACACAUUGCCCUCCGGUUCCCAGCUUUUCCGCUACGCCACCGUGGUUUCUUCCUCCAAAACCAGCUCAACCGAUACCGUGACACUUCACCCCUCCUCGAGCUUAGCCCUGCUGAGCUCGGCAGCGAUGCAGGACAGCGGGACACUUGCUAAUGUGGCCACCAUGGUCAACCCCGUGGAACUGGUGGCCAUGGAGUCUGGCCUGACUUCCACCAUCCAGGCAGUCGAAGGCACUUCAGAGGACGGACAGACAAUCAUAGAAAUAGACCCAGCGCCUGAUCCAGAAGCCGAUCCUGAAGAAUCAGGGGGGAAAGCUGUGAUUUUGGGGACAGAGUUGAGGACUGAGGAGAAGGUGGUGGCUGAGGUUGAUGAACAUCAGCAUCAGGUCCAUAAUGUGGAGAUCGUAGUCUUGGAGGACUAAGUCAGCAAGCCAUCCGGCCUUGCUAAAAAUGAUUGUUCACCUCUUACUUUUUAUAUUGGUUUGACCCUCCCCCCCUUUUUCUUUUCUUUUCUACAGCCUUGCAGGUAAGUUCACAGGAAUGCUGAUCAUCACUUUUAAACAGUCAUUUUCUUUAGCGGGGAAAGAGCAGGCAGGCUGGGAUGAUGGUUUGUGGGAAAAGGAGAGAGGUCAGGAUUUUACCCUGCCUGGUUUUAUGGGGAAACAAGCCAUUGCUGUUACCCCUCUGUGAGGAAGGAUAGCAAAUCCGUAGACCCAGAUUGGAAGCGAUCCUUCUUGGGAUUGUCUGUCUCAGAAACAAAGUAAGACGGCUCCUGGAAAUGUAACGACUGGAUGAGUAAUGACCUUAAAAACAAGAGCUUCCAUCUUCCCCCUAGGAAGGGAGAUUCCAUGUCCCGUUUCAGACUUUUCAAGCAUUUUGCUUUUUUUGGGAAGUCGCAGAAGAAACACAGCAACCUGAUUGAUCAGGUCACCAACCCUUCUUUGUGUUCUUUUUUCUAAAAAAAAAAAAAAAAAUCCGUAAGUUGUUUGCCCAUUUGUGGCUUCAAAAAUUGGAUUCUCGGCUCUUCCUCUUUUGUACUUUCUCCAGCGGUUUCUUUUCCACUUGGUUGUUACAUGAUUUCUAGGAAAUGCUUACGCUUUAUGCCCAUGCAGGCACAUACAGGGAGAAACUAGGAACUGAUACGGCGGGCAGACGCAGCACCCAAUGACCCCCUGCUCUCUUAAGUACAGAACCAAUAAGCCUGGAUGUCUGUAUACAGUGGGAGAAUUGGGCUCAGCAAACAGGGCAUGCCUGCCGUUUACUCAGCACUUUGGGAAACCAUACCAUGCUGGCUUAGGUGUGUGUGCGUGUGUGUGUCUGUGUGUGUAUGUUUGAUGGUCAUCAUUUUUUUGUGGGGGGAAGAAAUGAUUACAGGAGUCUCUUCAGCAAUGUGGCUGCCUGGUCUCCGUUUCUGUCGGGCUGGAUGUGUGUGUGGGUUGUUUGAGUGUCUUCCUUAAGGGAAGAGAAAGGAGUGGGGGGGAGAGGGGGAAAGAUUCCUUUCCCCAUCUCCCUACUGGUCGUAACACAGUGCUUACGGUCUCCCUCUCCAUAUUUUAAGAAGUUAGAAUUCAGAGUUGGAAGAUUUGAAGGGUAAACCAGUUGAAUUGUUUUAAAACAGCAGUUAAAAAAAAGAAAAAAGAAAUACCCUACAGGAGUCGGGUAGCGCCAUUUGUUUUAUUUGGGUUUUCUUUGCAUUAAAAAGAUAAGCAAAAACAAAAGCUUAAAA